UGGAAUUCUCUAGUUAGAUUGAAUAGCAGCGACAACAAGGAUGACAGGGAAGGAGGUACAUACUUAGACUACAAAGGAAAGAUUCCAUUGGACAAGUUAAGUGUAAAGUUUGCAAGAAGUUCUGGACCAGGUGGACAGAAUGUGAACAAAGUAAAUACCAAGGUGGACUUACGCUUUCAUGUUUUAAGCGCUGAGUGGAUUCCAGAGGAUGUUAGACACAAGAUCUUGGAAAAGGAGAGGAAUCGAAUCAACAAAAAUGGUGAAUUAUUUCUCAGCUCAAUGAAAUACUGCAGCCAGCAAAAGAACUUAGAAGAUGCCAUUGAGAAAGUGGAAGGGAUCAUUAAGGAAGCAUCUUAUAUUCCAAAAGAAACCACAUUGGAGAAAAAGGCCCAAAUAAAUAAACUGGCAAGAAUUGCCAAUGAAAAGCGGCUCCUUGCAAAGAGGUACAGAUCAGAGAGAAAAAGAAAUAGAUGGCAGGAGUAAUUACAGAAUUUGGCAAGACAAAACAAAGGAAAGAAAGGGAAUGCCAAAAUAUGCCUCUAUGAUAAGGAUAAACCA